GGUAAUUGUUUGAAAACUGCAGAGAGUAAAAUUUUUACACACAAAUGUUCCAAUUUUGUUUCUGGCUGCCCGGAUGUAGACUUCGCAGUAACGAAAUCUACAAAUACCCUGCUUGUCAAAACAUUAGUACAGAACAUCGUUGUUUUCUUGCUGAUCCAUAUUGUGCAAACGCGACAUGGGAUAUAUCUACUGAAGAAACAGAGGAAAAAUUUAUCCCCAAGUCCACAACAAAUCAUGUAAUAUACAACACAACAGCAAUGAAUAUUCAUACAACCAAAUUCCAAGAAGAUGACUCAGCACAUAUCGGGGCAAUUAUGGGCAUUGUUGUUGCUGUACUGGGUCUUAUACUGCUGUUAAUAAUUUUGAGGGUUGUAUGGAAGAGAAUGCAAAAACUGAAAAGUAAAGAAAGAAAGGAAUUUUUGACUGAAAAAGAAAACUUAUUGACGCAAACAGAGGAGAAAGUUGUCCAAGGGGCUACAAAGGGAGAUGAAGCAGGCACCAGUAGUAAACAAAACGAGAGCGAAAAUGAUAUCACGGAGAUUGAUGAAGGUGGUCAAAAUGAAGAAAUAAAACAUUAUAUCCCAGAGGUUUGCGUUAGUAGUGAAACAAUGGGAGAUGAAGUUGACAUUGGUGAUACUUAAAACUCGAGUCCUUAAUGAACCAAAUGAUAAGAAAUAUGGUAUUACAGCGGCUGGUGUCAACUGUGAACCAGUGGAAGCGGAGUAUAGUAUAUCAGAAAGUGAUAUUCAUAGUGACUCAGAAGAAAAGGACCAUAGUAUUUCAGAGACUGAUGUUAAUGGUGAACUGCAGGAGAGGGGGAAAGAUGUCACAGAGACUGAUGUCAAUUGUAAACUGCAGGAGAGGGGGAAUGAUGUCACAGAGACUGAUGUCAAUGGUGAAGUGCAGGAGAGGGAUCAUGAUGUCACAGAGGCUGAUGUCAAAGGUGAAGUGCAGGAGAGGGAGAAUGAUGUCACAGAGACUGAUGUCAAUGGUGAAGUGCAGGAGAGGGAGAAUGAUGUCACAGAAACUGAUGUCAAUAGUGAACUGCAGAAGUGGGAUCAUGAUGUCACAGAGACUGAUGUCAAAGGUGAAGUGCAGGAGAGGGAGAAUGAUGUCACAGAGGCUGGUGUCAGUAGAGAAUCAGAGGAGGGGGAGCAUGGGAUCCUAAGGGAUAGUAAAUCUAGAAGAGAAAGGAAGUUCGAGCUUCUUCGAAUACUGAAAAAAUCAACAACUAAUGAAUGCACAAAUGUAGUUCCGAUACCAUUGGUUACUUAUGGUUGA